AGCUGCUGUGUGUGGGAAGGGCCUUCCUUGCCUGUCUCGUCAUUUUGGAAUCUUCACAGGGGGAGCUAGCAGAAGCCAACCCCAGGCUGCCUCGGGCCCCCAGGUGUGCCAGAGCCCUUCCGGGACUGAAGCCCGAAUGGCAGGGGGGUGGAGGAGGCCUGAUGUCUUGACAGUAAAGCCAGCCUCUUGCUUGGAGGUCAGUUGAAGAUCUGUCACCUCCGGCAUGCGCCACAGGCACAUGGCAAGGUUGUGACAUUUCUCUAAAACAGACAACGAGAAGGUCCUUGAUGCCAGACAGUGCGUUUUCCAGAGGCCUGGCUCCCUUCUCUGAAUGAGCUGUGACACAGAUGGGGCAGGCAGGGCUGGGAUGAGAGACCCAUGGAAGGAAUUCCUGGUCUUCCCAUUCCCAGUACUCUGCAGACCGCUACUUCCCUUUCGUGACGCGGGUUAGGUGGCUGAUAAGGCACCUGUCUUUCUAAUGUGAAGCCCCCUAAGGAGGACAGAGGGAUCAGUUAAUGUAAAAAGUGGAUUGGAAAUGCCUUUUGGAGGAAACUUUUUUAUAGAUAACUUGUUUAUAUUGUUUGCAGUCUUACGGGAUCAUAGAUUUCCGUGAUGUCAGUUAGAGCAGUGGUAAUAAACCUGGCGGCUGGGGCCCCACGCUUGUUGCCUCUGACCUGUGGUUUCCUCGUCUGUAACACGGGUCAUACAACUGUACCACCUCAGCUGGUUUCUGUGUAGGUGCACGGGGGGACUUAAGACAGAGUCCUCAGCUUCUCCUCAGGCUCUGCAAUGUCGCUUUCUUAUUUUGUUUGAAUUAUUACUUCACAGCACGGCACAAACUACAAUUACAGUGAGCACAAAGCUGUUCUAAGUCAUUGGGGAAAUCCGCGUGAGCCUUAGGUGGGUUUGGAGACAGGGGAGCAGGAAAUAGCAGAAACCGUCACUUAUGAGCUUGCUGCAGCGUUAGCCCUCGGGAGCCGUCGGCACUCGCCGGUGGCACCCUCCCUGACAGCAAAGCAGCGGCCUGAAUCCUUUUUAAAUACUUAACUCCGAGCUCUGGGGACUUGGUGGGCUGCAGCGGGUGAUCUGUCAGCCUCGAUUGGCUGUCUCUCCAUUGCUGCUACGCCCCCGACCCCCCCCCCCCCCCCCCCGCGCUCAUUGACAUUCUCCCCGUCCCCUCCCCGAGGCCAGCUCACACAGGGCUGAAGCCUGGUGUUACAGUGAUAGAUCUUAUUUCUCCCUCCAUGAAGAGAAGCUGCAGGGUGGAUUGUUAACAGUCCUAUUGGAGGUCAUCUUGUCAUUUCUGAAAAAUAAAAACCAUUUCAUUUCAAACAAAGCUGCAGACCCUACUGGGUUUUUAAAAUCUUGUCAGGUCUUUGUGGUGGUUCCUUAGCCACCUGCUGCUUCCCACCCACACGGCUGUGGGGCAGGGAUGAGCUCUGGCAGACGCAAAGCCAGCUCUGGGCUACAAGGCCCACUUGUGUGUGUCAUCUGGACCCAUUGCAGCUAUAAACUGGCUAUGCAACGUGCAUCUCAGACUUCUAUUUUUCUGCCACAUCCCAGUCAGAGAGGGAAGUGUAUUUUUCCCUGCAAGCUUGGAGAAUAAAUUAUUUACUGCAGUGAUUUCUGUUGGGGGGGAAAAAAGCUCUCCAGCCUCUGUACUCAUCUAAGCUGCUUAAUUUUGAUAUUUGUGCCAGUCUGUAAAUGGAUCCUUCACUGUAAUAACGGGUCCUUACAAGCUGGCUUUGUAGAGAAGCUGGGCCUUUUCACAGUGGGCAGUGAUGCGGUUCUUGGCUUCGUCAGGCUGUGCUGUGGGGUGAGACCCAGCUGGAGCUGACCCUCAGUCCAUCUUACGCUCCCCUUCUGCAGAGGUAUUUUCCAGAGACCAUAUUUAUCACUGGGCCUUAAUGUCUGUCCACUCGGAACACUAAAGAGAAACCUCCAUUAAUCAAGCCACAAGCCUUUACCGAGGGCCAGAGCCUCAGGUUUUUUUUCAAAUAUGUGUCCCCUUUUGGGUUCUCCAAGUCUGGUGGGAGUCUGGAAAGGGCUGUGAUAGGUGGUUAUGGGCUGUCGGGUGCAGAUGGUGGUGUACAGGUUAGAGGGCUAGAGGCCAGCCUCGGGAAUCCGAAUCCUCCCCCUGUCCCCAGCACAGUGACAAGUGCCAGCCUGACCAAGUCCUGCGGCCAAAAGUGACCUGCCAAGAGUGGAGCCAUCGGCCACUGCCUGCAGGUUGGCACCCCCUUGGGGUGCUGACCAUUCUUUGCAGGCUGCCCUUAAAGAGAAAUAACUCACAAUUGCCAAUAAAGUCUUAUGUGAUCUUAUCUGCAUUUUUUUCAUGCAGAAACAGAGACUUGGCAAAGAGGCAAAGUAGCUUGUCCAAGAUCGUACAACUAGGAACUAUUAGGGUUGAGGAUUGAACCCAGGCAUCCUGGCCCCAGAAAUGGGCCCCCCCUGAUGAAUGACGCGGCCCGGCCUUGCGGGUGUGGCCGGGGUCGACUGCCCGACUCCAGAGACAGGGCCAUCUUGAAACCCUCCCCAUUGCAUUUCUCAGACGGCCUUGUCAGAAAGGCCUUCAUUCUGUUGAACGGAAACAUGUCUCCCCAAGGGUUCCGUUGACCCUCCUAGUACAACAUUUAAAAAAAUUUUUUAAAAAGAUUUUAUUUAUUUGACCGAGCAAGUAGGCAGAGCAGCAGCAGAGGGAGAGGGAGAAGCAGGCUCCCUGCUGGGCAGGGAGCCCGACGCGGGGCUCCAUCCCAGGACCCCGGGAUCAUGACCUGAGCCGAAGGCAGACACUUAACUGAGCCACCCAGUCACCCUGACGUUUUUUUAAAUUUUGAACUAAGAUUCAUGGGAACUUGUAAAGAUAGUAUGAAGGGGCCCCAUGUACCCUUCACCCAGUUUGCUCUGUUGUAGCUACAGUAAAAUGUCUGUGCUUUUGCCAUCUAGGGUCUGAGCUGAAAAGAGAGUUCCACUGUGCAGCCCGCCUUGCUCUGAACCAGAGUUGCCAUCACAAAGGGUUUCUUGUCUGGGGCAGUGGUGGGGGGGAGGGCAGGGAAUCUAGCUCUUAAAGCAAAAAAACCAACUGCGCUGUAGAUUCUCCUCCACUGGGCUCAGCCUACAGCAUUGGAGCCUGUUUUCAGCUGACCAACCAAACUGGGGCCUUAGCUUCUCUGUGGUUAUUUUCCCCUUGAUCCCCAGGGUGGGGACGUCUGUCUGCCUGUUCACUCAGAUGCUUGAGCGCCUACUGUGAGCCAGUGCUAUGCCCAGGAAUUGCGUGAAGGCCGGAGAGGACUCAGUCUCCCACCGUGAGCUCAGGCUCCAGACCACGGCCAACAAACAGCCGUGUGAUGUGCAGACUGAGAAGACAGCUCUGCCUUGGGGGCAGCACGGAAGAUCUGAGCUGUCUGUCCAGCGACCAGGAGGAGGCUGCCGGAUGACGGAAGAAGGGAAUGCUGUGUCCGGGGAGGGAGCGCAGGGCUGUAGUGCGUUCUGAUGUGGGGGCGUCAGUGGUGGACAGAUGCUGGCGAGUCCAGUGUGGCCAUGAGGAGUCCUUCAUAGAUCCUGUUGGUUCCUGGGGAUGAGUCUAACCAGGUGCGUGGCUGCCUCCCCGUCUGCGCCAUGUCCCACACAGGAUGUCCGCUGUCCACACAAUGUGAAAGACCUCUGUUUCUAACCUACGACCUCCACCAUUUGAGAACCCUUUAGCAUGGUUGGUUUUGACUAGAACAGUGUCUCGAUGAAUCUCCCGGGUGGAUUAGCUUCAUAAUGCACCCUGAUUACAUGCACUGACAUGUGGGUAAAUUAGCAAGGUUCAGUUUCUGUUGGAGGAGUUUGCCCAGUGCAGUGAGUUGAGUUGUGAAGGAACUGAUGCUAAGCGGCUCGGUGAUUUCUCCGACAGUUUUGGCUGCUUCCUCAGCCCUGUGCUGGAGGCAAUGCACUGUGGCAUCAGCCUGGACCAGGAGGCUCACCUGCCCCAUGGCUGUGGCUGGGGUCAGGCAUCCUGUUCUUGUUGGCCCUGAAGAGAUAGUUGAAUGUAAGUUUUAUAAAAAGGUUUGGGUGCAGCCCUGUUUCUUUGUCACUUAUAAUUGGAAUUUCUUCCAUCCAAAGGUUCCUCCUGGCCCUGAUUUUGGUGGUAGUGGUCUGAUGCUAACUUUGAAGAGGCCCUGAUGUCCUGGGUCACCAAGUGGCUGAGCGACAGCUCUAACUAUGGGUUAUGAGUCUAUGGUAGGAGGAUGACCAAUGAAAAAAGCGGUCAUUCCAAAGUGGCACUGUUUCAGACCCAGGCUAGGGUAUAAUCUGGGUCCGUCUUAGGGAAGUAGACUGGUGGAAUUCAUCCAAGUAGCCCCUCGAGGACCGGUACCUACUGCCUAGGGGACAAUCCAGUGGCUCCCAGCUACACACUGGGGUUCAAACACUGAACUUUAAAGCAGACAGGGUGCAGACUGCUAACCUGGCCAUCGACAACUGUGUCGUGAGGGGGGUACGUGUCUAUUCCCGUGUGGAGCUGCGUGGCUCUGCAGGCAGUGGCCUCAAGCAGUGCCGUCCCUGGCCCGGACUGCACAAUCCCCCACCCCCUUUUUUUUAAGAUUUUAUUUAUUUAUUUGACAGAGAGAGACAGCGAGAGAGGGAACACAAGCAGGGGGAGUGGGAGAGGGAGAAGCAGGCUUCCCGCCGAGCAGGGAGCCCGAUGCGGGGCUCGAUCCCAGGACCCUGGGAUCAUGACCUGAGCCGAAGGCAGAGGCCCAGCGACUGAGCCACCCGAGCGCCCCAGCAGAAUCUUCUUUAUGAGGCUGCAAAGAAGACCCUUUCAGACAAGCUUGGGCUGAGAGGCAGGGGUCACUGGGAAGAAGCAUAUGGAGCGUGCAGCCUGGGGGGUCCGCCGGCUCUCCCAGUCUCGCAUACCUGAAACACACAAAAGGCGGCUUUGACCCACCUAAAGCAGUACUGGUCCUUGUCACAUUGUGGGUAAAGGCUGGGGUCACUAUUCGCCUUCCCCCGCUGUUCUCCAGCAGGGGCCCUGCACUGCCACCACGCUCCCCUCCUUCCCUAGCCCCCCUCCCCUCUUGCUUUUGUAGAUGGCUGCCUCACCCUCAUCACCUCCCUCACCUCCUUUGCCCUGUAUGCUUGCUGGAUUCUUUCACCUGCCCGAGAGAGAAGGACCCCUGGCUGCCACCCAGCUGGCCGAGCAGGGGCUGGGGCGUCCCCACUGCCACAGCAGGGAAGCCCCCAGGCCCGCUCUGUGCCCCAGUCCAACCUUGGGCGCGGUGCAUGGGAAGAUGCACGGCCUGCAGGAACCCAAAACAGUGCCAUGGGCUCUGAGUGCCCCUUGAAGUAUUGUUUCAGUAACCUUGCUGCGAUGGUUUUUCCUGACCAUAUUCCUCAAACCGAGAAAUGCCUGGUACAGAAAAAGGGGCUGGAACGAACAGAAAUGAGAGCCCUGGGAUGACCCCGGGUCAUGAAGCUACUUCAUCUGCAAAGGGUUACCUUCAGUGACGAUGUGGACGUAAAGCCCCAAACCCUGUCUCUGCAGGCUCUUGCCCAGACCCUGGGGGGGGCAGCGACCGACUGUCCAGGGGCCCGAGAGGAGGCCCUCCCAUUGCCCACAGUUGCACCCCAGACAGCCCCACUGUGACAGCCGCCACUACCAUGCCUGUCACUGCCUCCUCCUGGGUUCAGGCCCUUUGAGGUCCCUCUGCAACCCACCCCACUAGCGCCUGGCCCAUGUCCUAGAAGGUGGUUCACGCGUGUUGGCUGAGUGAGUGAUGCAGAGCCAGCCCAGCCUCGCCCCCUGUGGCAUUUGUAAGUCGAAGCUCACUGGAAACAACAGCCCCCAUGCCAGCCUGCCUAGGCUCUUUGCCCAUCCACCCCACUUCGCUGGAUCCCUUUGGUUAGUCCUGGAGACGGAUUAAGACCAGGACCACAGGGCCAGCCAGCGGCCAAUUGCCCCAGCCAGGGGCGGCUGCCUCCCACCAUUCAGGCUGCGGCUUCCUGGCCAGCGAGGUCGGUCAGCUGCCUGCUGAGCUCCCUCCUGGGGCAACGCAGGCCCCACCCUUCCUCCUCCUUAGCCCGGCCAUUUGGCAGCUAAGAAACCAGAGAUUUGGAGAGAUUAAGACAUUUGCCCAGGGACCCACUCCAGCAGCCAGCUCCUCGGGGACGCUGGGAUUUGAACCCAGGUCUGUGGCGGGUGUACCUGUGGCUCUGAGAUUUACUUCUGUCCCCUGGGGCCGAGCUCUGCAAUCGCCGUCCACAAGAGGUGGGACCGAUCUUCCUGCGAGCCUGGGGGUGCGUAUCGCGAGGCCCGCGCACAGGCAGAAAAGGGGGCACCGCAUCCAGAAGAGCCUUGGAGCGGACACGCCAGCGUGCCCGCCCCGGUUCCCCGCAUCCCCUUAACCGUGCCCCCUACUCCACCGCGCCCCAUCCCCGGCCCAGCUCACCAAAUCCCAGGCGCCCCUUCCCCGGCCAGGCUCCCCCACUCCCCGCUUCCUCUCUCCCCACACUCUCUCACUCCCUCGGCCCUCUCCGCUCCCCAAAUCCCCCAGCCCAGCAUGGCCCGGCUGGGCGCGCUGCUCCUGGCCGCUGCCCUGGGCACCCGGCUCAGCUUCGCACUGCUGGCGGCCGCCGUGGCCAGCGGCUACUGCCACCUGGAGGUGGCGGACACGAGGCGCGCCGCGCGGCUGUCCUUGCACUUGGGGCUCUGGCGUGUAUGUGUAGGGCAAAACAGCUGCAUCCCCCUGAUCGACCCCUUUGCCAGUGAGAACCUGGAUGUCCCCACCCCUGUGCAGCACCUCAUCUCCCUGCACCGAGCUGUCAUGGUGGUCCUGCCCCUGAGCCUCGUCCUUGUCGUGUGUGGCUGGAUCUGUGGCCUCUUCAGUUCCCUGGCACAGAGCGUCCUGCUGCUGGUUUUCACCGGCUGCUACUUCUUGCUGGGGGGUGCCCUGACCCUGGUGGGGGUCAGCAUCUACAUCCACUGCUCACACCUGCCCUUCGCUGAGACCGCCCGCCAGUACGGCCAGCACCUGAGGGACAUCCGGGUCAGCUUCGGCUGGGCUCUAGCCCUGGCCUUGGAGGCGCUCUGUGGCCUCCUCCUGCUCACAGCAGCCCGAGCCCGCAGCCUGAGCGCAGCCGGGGGGCCCCUGCUCUGUGGUCAUCUGAGUCCCAGAAGGGCCCAGUUUCCCCUUUGCACCCGCAGGCCUGGCUGGAGUUCUGGCUGGGAGGGGGCCCCUGCAGGGGCAGGGGUUGGGGGCAGAGCCAAGGAUCGAGGCUUCUCUUGCUUGGCAAAGCUGGAUGUUUGGGGGCUCCUCUGCCUGGUCUAUGCCCUUUAGGGACCAAUUGGUUUGGCUUCCUCUUGGGGAUGAGAAAAGGGAGUCCCAAAAAGAGUUAGCAAGUGGCCCAAGGGAAUGUUAAUGGGGUCGGUGUGGGGGUGCUGCAGGUUCCUGGUGCUCAGCGGGUCCCCUUGCCUCUCGAGGGCAUAGCCUGCCCUCGCCCUCUCCCAUCAGCCCUGGUGUGCCAUGCUGUCCUCGUUCCUAGGGCCCUGGAUCAGGUGGAGGAGCUACCCUCUGUCCUGGGGAGGAGAGAAUUUGAGAGAGAAGCAGGUAUCUGUUAAACACCCACUGAGUUAGGCUCCGAGCAGAGUAUCACCUGCUCAUCUGCUUGUCCAGUCCUCCAGUCGCCCUUCACAUUAGUUACCAUUCACCCAUUUUACAGAAGGGGAGUCUGAGGCCCAGACCAUCCCAGAGCACAUGGCAGAGCCAGAUGCCUUGACAUCGGGUGGGACUCCCAGGCCUCUCUUUGGUCCACUGGCUCAAGGGCAGAUGUUGCAGGGGAGGAUACUGAGGAGGGGGCCCGGGAGUCCCCUGGGGUUUGCAAGGGCAGCCGAGUGGGCUGGAUGCACCUCGGCCCCCUCCCUGUUCUCAGGCCUCUGUCAUCGUCCUGGUGCAUCUGCCGCCUCUACUGGGCUGGCGCUCCAGGACCCCGAUCCUCCCAUCUGCAGCCCCCUGGGGAAUGUCUGUGAUUCCAGGGGCCUGGUGAGUGCCCAGAACUAGCAGGUGCGGAAGUCCUAGUAGGGGUGGGGUGGAGGGAGCCAUGCCACAGUGGCAAGGCGAAGGGGCUUCUUAGCCAGGAGGGGCCGGGGCUGCCCAGGGAGGCAGAGGCCGGCCUGGAGCUUGGGCCGCAGGCUUACUAAACGGCGUGGGUGGGGCUCAGCUCGCAGACCAGGGCGCAGGCGCACUGUGGCUAGGCACCUGGGUCAUCCAUCGUGAGGCUCGCUCAUUCCUGUAGGUAGAGAAGUCGAGGUGGCAGAGAAGGGUCCCCAGGGGGCUGUGCAGCACCCAAAGCCCCAGACAGCCCCAUCUGGGGUUCAGGAGUCUGGGAUGUGUGCGGGGAGUGGAUGGCGGCCCCUCUGGCCCUGGUCUACCCUCCCCAGCCCCCCUGUAUCGCUCCAAAGGUUACAGGAAGCUCCUUGGGGCCCUGGGGGCUGGCACCAUUUGGGGGUCCCACUGAGGGCUUCCCUCUGUACUUAUGUUUUAGUGUUUACCAUUCCAUGUCGCAACGUUGUGCCAAUUGGUCCUUAAAUAAAUCAGUUUAUGCUCCGAGCGGAUAAGCCUUGUUUUUCUCUCUUAAAAUCUUUUCAGAAUGGAUAAAACAGAAUUAUAAACAGUGUGCGGGCAGUAACACUGUUAGCAGCUGUGUGUGUGUGUGUGUGUGUGUGUGUGUGUGUGUCCGUCCAGCCAGAGACGUCCUCUGCAGACACAAGCCCCUUCUCUGUGGGUCGGCACGGGCGGCAGAGGAUCCCACCCCCCGCCUCUGCGUCGGAAGGGGCAGGUCCUCUCAGC